AUGGCAGCCAAUUUGCAGAGCCGUGGAUUUGUGAGCUUCGGGAAACGAUUGGUCGGUCAGAUUCAUCCUCGUAGGAGCAUACACAACUCCAUCUAUGAUAAGAACCCGGACGAAAACACCCACUCGACCGUGGUUCCCGACCAUGUGAUGCCACCACGGGCCGAUGAAUAUUGGGCCCCACACCCCAAGACCGGCGUGUUUGGGCCUUCCUCCAACGACAAGCCAGAUUUGGACCAUGACUCGGGCCCAAACUCUGUUGCCAGUGAUGAGUCAGCAUUGGAACAGAGAGCCUUCUUCCGCCCGAACGAGGAUUUGGAGAAGCCACCUGUUCAACCUUAA